CGACGAUUUUCUCUACAAUCCUUCCACAACCAUCAUCUCUCAAAUUAGGGUUUUAUCUCUGGUUUUUCUUCUUCAACAAUCGUAAUUUCUCUGGUAUCGAUAAUCUUGGAGGUUGAUUUUAAUUUGUUCAGAAAAGUCAGAUUCAAACAAAAUCUGAGAAUUUUUAUAAUUAUCCAGGUGAAUGAUCUAAUGGAGUCUAAAGGUGGGAAGAAGUCUAGUAGUAAAUCCUCACUCUACGAAGCACCCCUCGGCUACAGUAUUGAAGACGUUCGACCAAACGGUGGAAUCAAGAAGUUCAGAUCUGCUGCUUACUCCAACUGCGCUCGCAAGCCUUCCUGACAUUCCUUAAGCUUCUAUUAUAGCACGUGUCUCCUGGCACAAAAAACCCCAAAAAAAGUUUCUUCUGUCAAUUAGUUCGUGUUAAACCCUCACUUUUUUUUCCCCUCCUUCAGCUGCUUUCUGCAUUUGUUCUCCUUGGUUGUGAACAAUUUCCUCUAAAAGAUUAUUAGUUGCUGUGAACAUUUUUUCAUCAUGGAAGUGGCAUUGCCAGUUUCUGCCAUUGGUUUUGAAGGUUAUGA